GUUCAGUGAAGCACACACAUGCACACAGAUCGCAGAGCUGUGCGCCUUUGUCGUUCACUCCUCUGCCUGCCACAUAGGCCUCAUGGCUCUCACCAUUAACACGUCAACAGAGCAGAAGAAACUCACACAGACUCCUCUGCUCAAGAUCUGGGUGCCAUGGAUGGGCUGCAACUUGAACCGCAGGAGGGGAUCCUCGGUGCCUCAGUUCUGUAACUCUCCUACAAUGAUUGUGAUGGUGGGAUUGCCAGCCAGAGGAAAGACAUACAUCUCCAAGAAGCUCACCCGCUACCUGAACUGGAUUGGAGUGCCCACAAAAAUGUUUAAUGUGGGUCAGUACCGAAGGGAGGCAGUCAAGAUCUACAAGAACUUUGAGUUCUUCAAACCUGAUAACGAGGAGGCCAUGAGGAUCCGCAAGGCCUGUGCAGCAGCUGCUCUCAAAGACGUCACCGCCUACUUCACUAAGGAGCAGGGACAAGUAGCCGUAUUUGAUGCCACCAACACCACCAGGGAGAGAAGGGCAAUUAUUAUAAGUUUUGCAAAGGAGAAGGGCUAUAAGGUGUUCUUCGUAGAAUCAAUCUGCGAUGACCCAGAGAUAAUUGCAGAGAAUAUUAGGCAAGUAAAAUUUGGGAGUCCAGAUUAUGUGGAUCGUGACAUAGAUGAAGCCAUGGAAGAUUUCAUCCAACGCAUUGACUGCUACAGGGCCUCUUACAUGCCUAUAGAUGAUGAGAGAGACAGGAAGCUCUCCUAUAUCAAGAUCUUCGACGUGGGCAAUAGAUACCUGGUAAACCAGGUCCAGGACCACAUUCAGAGCAGGAUAGUCUACUACCUCAUGAACAUCCACGUAACACCAAGAUCAAUCUAUCUGAGCCGCCACGGAGAGAGUGAACUCAACCUUUUAGGUCGCAUCGGUGGAGAUUCAGGCCUCUCCCCUAGAGGACAGAAGUAUGCUAAUGCCUUGGCAACGUUCAUCAAGGGUCAGAAUAUCCGUGACCUGAAGGUGUGGACGAGCCACAUGAAGAGGACCAUUCAGACUGCAGAGGCUCUGGGAGUCCAGUAUGAACAGUGGAAAGCUCUCAAUGAGAUAGAUGCUGGUGUAUGCGAGGAGAUGACUUACGAGGAGAUUCAGGAGAAUUACCCAGAAGAGUUUGCGCUUAGAGACCAGGACAAGUAUCGUUAUCGUUACCCCAAGGGUGAGUCCUAUGAGGACCUUGUCCAUCGUCUAGAACCAGUCAUCAUGGAGCUGGAACGACAGGAAAAUGUUCUGGUCAUCUGCCAUCAAGCGAUAAUGCGCUGUCUGCUGGCCUACUUCUUAGACAAACCUGCAGAUGAGCUGCCUUAUCUGAGAUGCCCCCUCCACACAGUGCUCAAACUCACACCAAUAGCAUACGGAUGUAAGGUUGAGUCAUUUUUCCUCAAUAUUGAAGCGGUCAACACACACAGAGAGAGGCCAGUGAAUGUCGACAUCAACAGAAAUCCAGAGGAAGCUCUGCAGACUGUUCCUGACCACAUAUAAACACUGUUUUGUGAGAAAAGGACUGAAAUCACGUGAAAGUGGAUGUGUUGCUACUGACUAGCUUCACUAAAAAAUUAGAGAUGCACUCCAGUUAAAGGUUGAUUGUGUGACAGCAGAAAGCAGGGGGUUUCAAAACAGGAGACCAGAUGGUAGAAAGAGAGAGUUGAGGAAGUAACAUACACUCCCCCUGCAGUGAGGAUAUAACCUAUAGCUGCUACUGGAGUUUCUGUUUUCAACAUGUCAACAUGUGAAAUGUUCCUGUGUCUUAUCUGACUAGAGUUUGCUUUUCUCAGCAUAUUUGAACGUGUCACAUUGUUUACAGAUGAUUUAGAGAAAAGUAAUGCACUGUGCACUGAGGCUGAGAGAAACACGUAAAAAGACGUAGGGUGACAUUAUAACUUGGGACUUCAUGCACAUAUAACUGUUGUACAGAUAACAUUAUUUGUUGUUGAUAAUCUAAUUAUAGGGGCAGGAAUCAGCACCAUGGACAGCACCCAAACAAACAAAAUAUUUUUGUUGUAGAUUUGAACUCUUGACUGUAUUGUUUGUAAAGUAGAUAAAACGCCAAAAUUCAGGAAGUGUGAAUAAAAUAAUGUAAAUAAAUAAUGUAAGGAAAGAGUCACCUGCAAACUGUUACUGCUCAGAAAAUAAAUUCACAUUAUAAGUCCUGUU